AUGGCUUCCUAUGAGCUGAAGAACAGAGCUGCUCAGACCCUCCACGAGGUCGGACAGGCGCAGAAUAGCAAGGAUCGCGAUGACUUGGAUCUGGCGCGAGUGGGGAAGAAGUCGGUCUUAAAGCGCAACUUCGGUGUCUUGUCGAUUCUUGGAUUCAGCUGUACUAUCAUCGCAACAUGGGAAGGAUUGAUGGAUACCUUUUUGAUUCCUAUGGAAAAUGGAGGUCCUGCCACCGCAGUUUACGGAUACAUAUUUGCAUGGAUUGGGACGGGAUGCUGCUUUGUUCUUCUUGCUGAGCUAUCCUCAAUGGCUCCGACGUCCGGUGGCCAGUAUCACUGGUGCGCAAUGCUUGCGCCUCCCAGUUGUAUGAAAUUUCUCAGUUAUAUCACAGGAUGGCUUACUGUAAUCGGAUGGCAAUCUGCUUUCGCCUCUACCGCAUUCCUUAGCGGGACCGAAAUCCAGGGCGCUGCUAUCUUAGCUCAUGAGAGAUACAAUGCCGAGCCCUACCAAGGAACUCUUAUCAUGUGGGCCUCGAUUGCUCUUGCUCUAGGAGUCAACCUCGUCGGCGGCAAACUCCUCCCCCGUCUAGAGAAUCUCGUUCUCGUUCUCCACAUCCUCGGAUUUCUUGCCAUCCUCAUUCCUCUUACGUACAUGUCCGACCAUAAAACCGCCAAAGAAGUCUUCACCACCUGGACUAACGAAGGCGGCUGGUCGUCAAACGGGAUCGUUUUCUUUCUUGGUAUGCAAGGAGGAAUCUUUGCUUUCGCAGGUGGUGAUGCCGCGGUGCAUAUGGCCGAAGAAGUCCAAAACGCAUCCGUUACCAUCCCUCGAGCUAUCAUCAUGACCAUCUUGAUUAACGGCACCCUUGGUUUCGGCAUGCUGAUCGCCGUUCUCUUCUGCAUGGGCGAUCUCGACGCCGCACUUGAGACUCCCACGGGAUACCCUUUUAUGCAAAUCUUCUACCAAGCCACAAACUCCCUACCGGGCUCUCUGACCAUGAUAUCUAUCAUGCUGAUAAUUGGUCUUUGUGCUACCAUUGGCAUGCUGGCCGCCACAUCCCGUCAGUUCUGGUCAUUUGCGCGAGAUCAAGGGAUUCCAGGAUGGCGACUCUGGAGCAAGGUCUCUCCCACCUCCUCUAUCCCAAUUUACUCUGUCGUGUUCACCAUGACUGUCGCCUCCCUCCUCGGCCUCAUCAACAUUGGCUCUGAUGUCGCCCUUAACGACGUCGUCUCCAUGGCCGUCUCGGGCCUCUACCUCUCCUAUCUAUCUGUCGGUACCCUUCUGCUCUAUCGCCGCGUCACCGGCGCCAUCUACGACCACGAAUCCGACAUCCCCUCCUCUUUCAACUCCCCUACUACGACCGUCAACGUUCCCGGCUCCCCGCUUGUCUGGGGUCCAUUCCGCGUUCCCGGUAUCCUAGGUAUCGCGGUCAACGUGUUCGCAAUCAUUUACAUGAUCAUCGUUAUCUUCUUUAGCUUCUGGCCCACCGAGUCGGUCGUGGACUAUACGACAAUGAAUUAUAGCGUUGUGAGCACGUUCGGAACGGUGAUUAUUGCAGUGGUGUAUUAUUUCAUCAGGGCAAAGAACGUGUAUCGCGGGCCAAUUAUCGAGACGAUGUGA